GUCAAAUUUUGUUUGACAACCUGUGACAGUUUUUCAUCCCUGUUUUUUUAAUAUUACAAUUAUUCCAUGUAAAUAGAUCACCAGGAAGGAAACUUUAUAACUUCAGAACACAACAUAAAAAUGGAAGUUAACACUAGUACAAAAGUACCGGAAAGUAACAAUGCUGAUGGUACACCAAUACCAGUUAUUAGAGAAAACUGUGCAGAACCGUGCUCUCUGGAAAACACCGUUGUAGACAGUAACACACCCGUUAACAAUGACCAACCACCCGAGGGUUCGAUUGUUUCAGAAACUGAUACAAAACUAUCUCCAACUCCCAGUGAAGAAAAACUUGAAUGUCAAUCAGAAUCAGGAUCACAAACACAAAAUAUUCCAGUACAGGUAAAUGCAGGUGCGGAAAAUCAAUCACAAGUUGAAAGAAAUGAAGCGAAUAUACAAGAAAUGCAGCAAAUUACGUCAGAAAAAUUACAACCAGUACAGGCAGAAAAGAUAGAAGCAAUACCUGCAGAGAAACAAAGAGACCAGAUGAGCUCUGCUGCUUCAACUUGUUCGCAGUCGCAGCAUGAACGAGUAGAUAGAAACCAAAGUGAUAUUUUUUCGUUAAAAAAUGACCAUGUACAAUCGUCCAUAUUUUCUAUAAAAGGAACACCGUCAAAAAGGGUUUACAAACAAAGGGAAGUAACUCAAAAUAAUAUAUUUCCUGGACAAGAUAUGAAACAGGCUCAACCACCCAGCCAAAGCCAGACAGAACCUGAGGAUAAGAUGAGGGACAAGAACAGCUAUCACAAUGUAAAAAGGCCUUCCAGUUCUAUGAGGAAUCCCUUGACCGGCACGGGCCUUAUAUCCAAUGAUGAAUACAGAUUUAGAAGGAACAGAAGAAAAGCAGAGUUGGAUGGAAAUCCUUUACUGGGAGUUGGAUAUCCAGAACAAGCAAGCCCUGUUACAUCGACCCCUGUUACACCACGGGUUCCACCUGGAGGUUUUUCGCACAAUCUCUGGUGAUUAUUUGAAUAAGAUCGUUACAUUGAAAACCCUCAAAAAAUUUCAGUAAUAUUUUUUACAAUUUUUUAAAUAGUAUGUCUUAUUGACAACAUAUAUUUGUAUAUUUUUAGUAAGUUUUUUUCAUAUAUUAUAUAUACUUUAUGCAUGUAAAUAUUUAUAUUACUCUAAUGAGUAGGUAU